UGCGUGAUGCUGCGAAGAUACGGAAAAUGCUACAGCGGGUUUGAAGGAAACACUAGCUCGGGACUUUUUUAAAAAUACAUUUUUACCGUUUUUUAAAUAUAAAAAUAUUGCUUUUUUAUGUGAAUAUGUUUUUACGCACCGCGUUUUUGCUCCCGACGCUUUUAUUUUUGACAACUUUGGAGUCAUCAGGAUGCUUUCAGACUGUGGUCCAGCCGAGCAAAGGCUCCACUGUGACGGUGUCCACCACGCUGCCUUUGGCUCAGUGUGCGGUGUGCACGGUCAGUGGGGACAACCUCACUUCCUGUCACUCCAUCCUGUCUCUGGUGCCUGAAGCGGAAGUUAAACUGCUCUUCAACUGCUCCCAGCCCCUGGAUCAGUCGUUCACAGUGACGGUUAAUCAUUCCAUUGAUUGCACUGACAAAUCGUGCCAGCCUCAGACAAUAGGAGUGCAGUCAUCCAUCCUGACAAAGUUCCCCAGAACCUUCAACUGGGAGGUGACAGCCCCUGAGGAGACCGUCGUGACCCUGGACAUCCUUGGAGAGGGGCUCAAGGAGACGUCACAGCCGUGCUCCGGUGGUCUGGAGUAUUCUGUGGCAGCAUCCAAAACCAACAACAAAGGCCUGACUCGGUACUGUCAAGCUGGGGACGUGACGCGACUGAACCUGCUGGAUCAAGCUCUUGUGUCUAUUCACGUAAAACCAGAGACCGUUGUGGAGUCUGUGCUGUUUCAGGCCUCCGCAGGACCCCUGGAGGGGCCCAAAAUGGACAUAACGGUUGGUCCAAGUUCAACAGUAGUCCUCAUGAAUAACCAGAAGUUGGGCAUUUGUAAAGUUUGCACUCAAGAAGGCCCCUUGCCUCAUUGCACCUCGCCUGGGCAAACGCUGACCAGCGGCAAAAAGGUCACUGUGGAGUUCCGAUGCCUCAGACCGCAGGAUGUGAUCAGUGUAACCAUGGUGACAAAAAUGGAUUGCACACAGACUUCCUGCAAUCCUGCUGCUGCAGAGGUGGAUCCAAACUUCUUCAAGGACUUUAACAGAACCCUAACUUGGGACGUCAGCGUCCCUGAAAGGACAGUUUUAAAUGUGAGCUUUCCUGUUGGUGGAGUUAAGGAGAUCAGUCAAGGAGAAACGUGCCAAGAUGGCUACCAGUACACAGUCAGUUUAACUAAGAGGGGUGGAGAUGUUCAAACUAGCAGCUACUGCAAAGGUGGGUCUGUGACCCAAUUGGAUUUUUUGGGAGCCACGACUCUGAUGGUUGAAGCCCCGGGGGGAGCAGAACUGGAUGGAAACGUUUUCAGCGUUAAUACAAGACCAAGAGGUAGUAGAAUAAUGCCGGUGCAUCUCGACCAGGACGUCGUCGUCACCAUUCAUAGGAACGCUGCAGAGCCGGAGUGCAGUGUGUGCGUGGGCAAGGCCCCCGAUCAGACCUGUGACCCCCAGUACCAGAGGCUGACCUAUAGCCCCGACAUGUCUGUGGAGUUUACGUGUCCUAACCCGCAGGAAAUCUUCAAAAUGGACAUAAACAGAGAAAUAGACUGCACAGGAACCGGCUGCCCCGCCAACAGCGUUCAGACGAAGGACAUUUUUUCGGACUUCAACCGAACUUUUACGUGGGACCUGAAAGUCUUGGCAUCCCAAACUUUCCAGCUGGACUUUCCAGAACCAGGAAUGCGACAGAUCCCUGAAGAAGAGACCUGUCCAGACAGCCAUACGUACUCUCUGAAGGCAUAUCCCCGCUCCGGGGUGACAUCACUUGGUUCCUUUUGCAAAGGAGGCCCUGUGACCACGAUGCAGGUUCGUUUUAAGGGCCGUGUGGCGCUGCAGGUACCUGGGGGGGUGAAGGCAGACCCGGUUGUCUUCAAAGUCAGCGUUGGCCCAGAGACAAAAAUGAUCGCCAUGGCAAAAGUGGAGCUUCCCCGCGGUGUGACGGACACCAGCUUCUUCUCAGCAGACUACCGCAGACAAUUCCCUGAUGACCAGCAGAUGCAGUGGAACUUCAGCGUGCCCGCCAUGCACAACUACUCCGUGUUGCUGCUGGAUCACACAGCUCCAGAAUGCAUCCAAGACACGGUGGUGGUGCAGUAUCAAAAGGAAAACGGAAAGACGCUCCGUCUGUCUCUGACGGAUCCUCAACCGCAGCACCAGCAAGGCAACUUUGAGAUGGUGCUGAAGAACUGUCAAACCAACACGAGCCUCCCGGGGCUCACCUUCAGCUACAAAGUCUCUGUAAUGAGGAGCGGCCAUCCAGUUGUCAGCACCGUGGAUCUCACCCAGCAAGAAGGAAUAUCUCUGCUUCUUGAGAAAAUGUCGUCGGACCCGUUCUGUGAAAUGAGGAUAAACUCUGUGAUCAAAGAGAAGAUUCUGGUGCCGGCAGGAACUAAGGCCAGCCUCUCCUUCCUCGACUGUCCCAAUGAAGAUGUUCGCCUGACCGCCACCAAAGCCAUCGACUGUCGAAGUGCCACGUCAUGUCCGCCCACGGCCCUCGCCGUGCCGCUUUUGGACUUUUCUCUGCCGGUGCCCCUCCACAGCUUCACGUGGAACUUCACCAUCCCCAACAACAGCACGUUGGACCUGGUCGCUCCAGCGGGGAAUCUCAGACAGUCCAUUCCAGGACAGGAGUGCAGUCAGGCUUCGUCCUUCCGUCUGACGGAAUGUGACGGAACUCCGAUCGGAGAUUUCUGUUCCAGCGGCACACUCCAGAAAAUUCAGGUCCACGCCAAUGCCUCCAUCACAACCCCAGGCAGGGACCUCAAGAGGUCCAUUGUUCCUCUGCUCAACGUCAGUGUCAGUAAGGAGAUAUCAGAGGGACUCAUCUACACGGUCAUCCCAGACGUGUCGUCCGUCACCACGCUGGUCACCCCCAACUGGCCCAACGGCAUGAAAAAGUUCUCUACCGUAUCCUGGAUCGUCCGCGUUCCCGAUCAGUACAAAGCUCUCCUCAAGUUUGUCAACGUCAGUCGGCCCAAAUGUUCCAAAUUACACGCUAACAUCUUGGUGCAGAUGUUGGGGCAAGAGGAGGAGCUCCUGAGCCGCCAGGAGGGGGAGGAAAUAGAGAAAGAAUUAGUGGUGUCCAAUACUUUUUAUCUCAACAUGUCUAACUGCAAGCCAGAAACCGGACAUUUUAGUCUUUUGACUGAUAUAGUUCUUCAGAAAAAGAUCCCUCUGUUAGCCAUCGUGCUUGGGUUGGCAGGAGCUCUUCUGGUGUUGGUCAUAGUGCUGGCUGUUGUCUGUGUCCUUGCAAAGAAAAAGAAGAAGCUGACGAAGGAGAACUCCGCCUACAUAACCAAAGGAAACAUCUUCCGCCCGAGUGACCGGCACUUCUCCAAGACCAGAUCCGAGAACGAAUCCCACGUUUACGACUCCAUCGACGAGUUUCUGGUCUACGGCCAUCUGCUGGAUGACCACCCCUACCCCGACUCCCUACCCUCCGGUAAAAUGCAGGUGGACAGCUAUCAAACAUUCACUGGCGCCACGGACGGAGCGCUGCCCGUCAUUAAGGAACCAGAUCCGGAGCCAGAAACGGGCCAAUACAAAGCCUUCCUGGCUCCAUCUGAGACUUUCAACCCAUCUCGUCCACACACUCCAAUCCAGCUCCAGGAAAGCUUGGGCUUCCAGGACCGCAGGAUGGUUGACAAUGAACUCUACACCUUCAAGAGCACGGGGGACAUCAAAGCCAUCCGGCUGUCUGCUGUGGAGCCAGAGGCCUCCAUGUCCGAUGAUUACUUGUAGCGAUGGCGUGGUGAGCUGCUGCUACCAAACCCUCCUUCAGCGCCACAUGUCUGCAGACAGAUGCUUGUGCCUGGCUCACCCUCGGUGCAGAACUCGCCCUGAUCCAGAGGUUCAACCUAAAAGCUGUGAGCCGCCAGGAAUAUUUUCACGUUUACUCAGAAUUUGGGUCCUGCACUUUUUUUUAAGGCAAAACCAGAUUUCUGUAUGUGGAUCUGUGAAAGGACGUCUUUGAGUUUUGCUUGCAUUCGAGAUUUUUUAUUGCCCUCCGGAUGGAAAAUUCUGAAUUAGCUUUGUUGACUCAAUUUUUUUUUAAAUAGUUCUCUUCUAAAUGAUAAGUUUAAAGUUAACUACUGGUAACUUAUUUUUAUGAUUGAAACAUAAAAAAAUAAUUUUUAGCUUACAAAGUUAAAGAGGAUUCCUUAAGGUUUUUGUUUUUUUACUUCAUUUUUUAUUCCAUGUUUGUUUAAGAUUAGUGUUUUUGAAUAUUCUUUUUGUUGUGUUGUUUGGCUAAAUACAAUAUAUUCAUUGUCAAUCUUAUGGGAUUUUCAUUUACUUUUAUUUGCAGAAAAGCAGGCAAACCUGUUUCUGCCCUUUUGGAUUAUUCAGUGAUUUCUAGAGUCCUCAUUGUUUGGAAUAUUCUGAAUUUUUUUAAGAUGCUGUUUUCUUUCACGUCUUGUAGAUAUUAUGCUUUGAAAUAAAGUCAUGGAAAACUUUGGGAGGAAAAA